AUGGGAACAACCGUUUUGGCUAGCGGAGUGGCCACUGUUACAGCAGUGGCAGUAAUAGCUUCAUUGAUUACUGUAGUCUAUAUUGUCAACGACAUCAACACCUUCUACGAUGACGUCAUUUCUGAGCUGGACAGCUUCAAAGACCUGGCCAAUUCUGCAUGGCACGAGAUGAGAUCCACACCCGAAAUGGCACGAGACAAACGCGCAGCGUUUGUAAAGCGUAGGCAAACUGGCUACAGCACAGGAACAGGAGGAUCGUGUAAUUGUGGUAGACAAGCCACCGGAUGUCCACCGGGACCUCCGGGGCCUCCUGGACAACCCGGACUGCCCGGUGAAAAUGGGCAGCCUGGACAACCGGGAAGGCCAGGAAACAGUGGUAAUAAUGGAGGUACAGGGGGCGGUGGUUGCAUCUCUUGUCCGGUUGGCCCUCCAGGACCACCAGGUCCUGAUGGAAGUGCUGGACCACCUGGACCUGCCGGAAAUCCCGGAGCUCCUGGAGGCGGAUCUGGAUUGUCACCUCCUGGACCUCCCGGACCACCUGGAGACGCUGGACAACCUGGAAGUGAUGGACAAGCCAGGAUCUCCCGGGCAAGCCGGGAGCACCUGGAACUAGCGGAGCAGGACAACCUGGACCUCCUGGUCCCUCCAGGACCAAAUGGAGCACCUGGACAACCUGGACAGGAUGGCACCGCUGGUGGUGGAAGUACUGCUGGACCACCAGGACCACCAGGACCAAGCGGAAACCCUGGACAGCCUGGAGCUCCUGGAGCACCCGGAGCUCCCGGUACGGAUGCUCCACCUGGUGGCGAUGGAGAAUACUGUCCAUGUCCUCCACGGAACGGAUAUAAUGGAGGCAGCAAUGGCGGAGGUGGCAGUAGCGGAGGCGGUGGUGGCACCAGCGGUGGAUCUGGUGGUAAAUACCCCAGUCGUAAGGUUGCUCGUCGCCGUUUUAGCAAGAAGCGUGUGUCCAGAAGUAAGACAGCAAGAAAGGUCGCGAGAAAGGUAGCACGAAAAGCUUAA